AUCGAAUGAUAAGAGUCAAUAUUGCUACGCAGAUUAAAGGAAACUGGUCAUAAAACAUAUCCCGUUAUCAUUAUUAUAAUAAUGAAGAUACAUUAUGAUAUUAUACAAAUUAAACUUUCUUCCUGUUUAGAAAAAUUAGGAAAAGCUAUAGGAUAUAAGCCUGCUCCGUUCGUGAUUAUUCCUAUUAUUAUUUCAGUUAUAUUUGGAACAGGAAUAAUAAGAAUGAAUUAUGAUAGAGAAUUCAUCAAAUUAUUCUCGUCGGAAACUAGUAAAAGCGUAAAAAAUAAAAAUAUUGUAGAAUCUCUUUUUCCUAUUAACACAUCUAAAAAUUUCGAUAUAUUUAGAUCAACUAAAGAUAGUGGAGGAUUAUUUUUCUUAGUAAUUUCUAACGAAGAAUCAUUGUUGACAGAAUUUGCAUUUAAUGAAUUAGAAACGAUAGAUAAAAUAAUAAAUAACUUUACCAUAAUUUGUAAUGAUCAGAUAAUAUACUAUCGUAAUAUUUGUGCAAAAUAUAUUGACUGUUUCGAAAAUCCUAUAUUUAAAUUAAAACCAAAAAUCAAAGAUUUUGAACAAGGAAAAUAUAAAGUUAAAUAUCCUAUAGAUGUUGAUGUAUUUACAUAUGCAUAUACGAGAUAUAUUGUAAACCUCGGUGGUGUGACAGUAGAUGAAAACAGAUACUUAAAAACUGCAAAAGCCGUUCGUUUAAUAUAUCCAUUUGAUGAUGAUAAUAUAACAAAAGUAGAUUGUAUUAAAAAGUUUGAAGAAAAGUUUUUAGCUUAUAUCAAUGAAAUGAAAUUUCAAUACAUCACUGUCAGCGCAGAAGGAAAAUGGAGUUUAAUUUCAGAAAUUAUAGAAUUUACAAAGAGAUUAUUUCCAUUAACAAGUGUUGUUUUCUUUACUGUAUUACUUUUUUCUACAUUAACUUGUAUGACAAAUAGUUGGAUAAGAAGCAAGCCAUGGCUAGGAGUUGCUAGUUGUGUAUCAGCUCUAUUAUCUACUGUUACUUCUUUUGGUUUUCUUUUCUAUUGCGGUAUGAAGAAUAUAGAUAUAAAUGUUACGUUACCUUAUCUCAUAUUAGCUAUAGAAAUAGAUGAUGCUUAUGUAUUAAUAUCUGCUUGGAGAAGAACAAGUGCUAGAAUGAAAGUGUAUGAUAGAAUGGGAGAAACUUUCAAAAAAGCUGCAGUUUCGGUAACAAUAACAACAUUAACUAGUUUAUUAUCUUUUUGCAUCGGUAUAACAAUUUCAUUCCCUGCUAUUCGCACGUUUUGUAUCUUUGCUUCAUUAUCUAUAUUUGUAAAUUAUAUCUAUCAAAUCACCUUUUUUGGAGGAUGGAUGGCAAUUUCUGGAUUAAGAGAAGAACAUAAUCUCAAUCCUUUUACAUUGAGAAAAGUUAAAGGUUAUGAUAAUCUUCAAUUAAAAGAUGAAGAAGAAGAAGAAGAUCCUAUGGCAAAAAUUUUUAAACAUAAAAUUGGUGAAUUUAUUUGCCUUAAACCUACUAAAAUAUUCAUUAUUAUAAUUUCUAUAAUUAAUUUUUCUGUUGGAAUUUGGAGUAUGAAAUAUUUGGUUAUUGGAAUGGAACUGACUAAUUUCUUUAAAUCUGAUUCAAAUGUCACAUCAUUGAUUGAAAACACUUAUAAACAUUUUACCGAAUAUCCUUUUCCUAUAAAUAUCGUAAUUAAUAAACAAUUAGAUUUUUCAAACAAAACAAUACAAGAGUCAGUAGAAAAUAUGUUGAAAAAGUUUGAAUCUCAUCCUCAUACAUCUGAUGAAUUUAUUACGUUAUCGUGGUUAAAAUAUUAUAAAAUAUUUAUUAAUUCUCCCGUAUCUAUAUUUUCUUUAAAUCAUUACGAUUUAUCAAAGAAACAAGACUUUAUUGAUGGAUUACGUAACGUUUUUCUAAAUAUUCCUUCUGCUAGACAAUUUCGAGAUGACAUUAUCUUCAAUGAUAAUUUUACCGAAAUAAUAGCAAGCAGAUACAUAAUUGCAUGUAAAAACAUAGUAAACAGACAAAUAGAACUUCAGUUAUUUAAAGAUAUACAAACUAUAGCGAAGCAAUCUGAAAUACCAGUUUUAUUACAUUCCUUUACAUUUCCUCUUUUGGAACACGUUUUGCUAAUUCAAGAUAUUGUUUUUCAAUUAGCUUGGGUUUUAUCCAUUAUAGCAAUUGUUAUAUUGUUUAUAUUUUUACCAAAUAUAAUAAGUGUUAUCUGUAUAUCUUUUGUAAUCGUUGCAUCACUUUGUGAGACUAUAGGAUAUAUGUCAUUAUGGAAUGUUCAUUUAGAUAUGAUAUCUGUUAUUUUACUUAUUUUGAGUUCUGGAUUUUCUAUUAAUUAUCCAACACAUGUCUCAUUUGCUUUUAUGUUAACGAAAAAUAAGAAUCCGAAUGAAAGAAUUAAAGAAUCGUUGUAUGAAGUGGGAUGGCCAAUAUUGCAAGGUUCAAUAUCGACAAUAUUAGGUGUAGUUAUUUUGGCAUUUCAAAGUAAUUAUGUGUUUGGUGUAUUUUUCAAAAUUGUUUUUUUAAUAACAAUAGAAACUGCAUUUAAUGCUAUGUUUUUGUUACCUGUAAUACUCAGUUUUGUUAGUAAUUGGUAUUGUAAAGAUUCUAUUAAUCAAAGUUCAAAAAAAUGAAAGAAGAAUCAUUCUAUUCAUAUAUUUUCA